AUGGUGCCGCGUCCGGAGUCGCGCGCGGUCGCCGAGACGGAUUCGCUCCUCGGCUCCGCCGACUCCCAUCCCGCAUCUCGCUCGCCCUCCCGCGGCCCGAGACUGGCGGUCGUCGCGGUCGCGGCGUUCGCGCUCCUCGCCGUCGCGGUCGCGGCGACGGGGAGUUCCGGCGGCGUCGGGAGCGCGUCUCUCGCGUCGCUCGGACUCGGCCGCGCCGGGGGACAUCCCCGUCGCCACCGGCCCGCCCCGUGGGACAGCGCGUUGUACGGGCACCCGUACAGAGAAGAAGAAGCCGCGGAUGCCGAUCGUGAUGUCGACGCCGACCGCGACGAUGAGGGACCGCGGGUAGUAGGCGCCGGGGCGCGCGGGAGGGAGAGAUCCGCGCUCGGAGCGACCCCGAGCGCGACCGCCACGCCCGCGCGCGAGCCCGGGAAGGGUGCGACGUUCAGCGUCGAGCAGCCCGGCGGGGUGCCCAAGUGGGCCACGGCGGAGGGUGCGAGGGAGCUCGCGCGAUGGAGCGACGCGAGGGAGCUGCCGGUGGCGGACGCGGCGGCGCUGGGAAAAUCGCAUCCACGGGCAUCCGCGGGCGUUGGAGACUCCGGCCAGCGAUCGACGAACCGCCAACGAACGCGCGUCGAUCCGGAGGAGACGUCGACGAAGAGGGGGAAGCGCGCGCGGGUUCAAACGCGGGCGCCGAGGAAGCUCGGCCGGUUGGAGGCGGCGAGGGGAGGGUUGCCCGCCGCCGAGUGCGUCGACCCGAACCGGCCGGGCGGACCGACGGGCGCGGAGCUCCUCUGCCGCAGCUUCAGGGGCGACGCGCGCGCGUGCCAGGUGUACACCGCCCCGGGUCAGACGUGCUGGCACAAGACGGUGGGCAACGAGUACAUAGAUCCGCACAGCGCGUCGGAUGGCGGCGUCGGUCCGGUGUCCAUGCGAGUCGACCCCGAGGCGACGGUGGAGUGGACCGGGCGGUUCUACGACUGCAUGAGCGGCGACCCCGAGUACACCCGAGUCGCGGAGGCGCCGUACCGGCUGCCCCUGCCCAGCCUCGGCGCCGGGGGCGAGAUCGAUUUGGGGGGAGCGCCGCGGAAGAGCUUCGCGUCGAAGCCCGGCACGGCGUACUUUUACUCCUUCGUGCACGUCCCCAAGGCGGGCGGCACCUACUUCAAGUCGCUGCUGCACCGCUCGGAGAGUCGCAGGAACGAGAAGCUUGGCGGGCCGGACCCGAGGUGGGACGAGUCCGUGACCAAGGACUGGACCACGUACCCGCUCGUCGACAUGACGGAGCAGUCCUACGCGAACGUCAUGUGGCGGUACGUCCACCGCCACCCGGCGAAGAUGUUCGGGGGCGACGGCAUGCGCGCCAGCUACGAAGCCGGGUACAGGGCCGUGAGCAAGGGCGCGCUGUCCAUGGGGGCGUGUGAUCACAUCGACGCGCCGUGCGCGUACCUGACGGUCCUCAGAGACCCGGUGGAGCGGUACAUGAGCCACUACUCGUACCUCUGCCUGGAGGGGAGCGAACACAUGACGGGCUGGAAGGAGGCGUGGAAGGCGCGGUCGGCAAAGUACGCCGAGCGGGGUUGCCCCGCGGAUCCGGUGCAGUUCUUCGACCAGGUUGGAGGGUUCGUGCAGCUCUUCGCGCCGGGCGCGAAUCCCAACACGCGGUGCGCGGUCGAGGCGGCCAAGCGCAACCUGGGCAGCGGGUGCAUGCGGUACCUGCUGCUGGAGAAGCUCGACGACGGCUUGGCCAGGAUGCGCGCGACGCUGCCCGACUUUCCAGACAUCGGCGCGGCGGAUUCGGAGUUUUCCGAGGCGAGGCGCAACGGUAGCAACGACAGGCUCACGCCGACGACGCGUAAGAGGCUGGAAAAGUACCUCGGCGACGAGCGGAUGAUGCGCACUCUUCGUUCGCUGCUGGCAAACGAGAUUGACGUGUACGACUGGGCCGUGGAAAACUACGAGCGCCAGUGGAGCGGCGACCUGCUCACCUGCUGA